GGAUAGUGAGAGAGAGCCACAGUCACAGUUACAGUCUCUCUAUCUCUACUCUACUCUACUCUACUCUACUCUCUACAAAGCCCAAAGCCAAGUCGCCGCCAGGUUCACCUUCGUCAUGUCAUCAUCUCCGCCGUCGAUGGAGUCCCUAAUCCUGCAGCUCCACGAAAUCUCGGCCGUCAAGUUCGGCAACUUCAAACUGAAAUCCGGCAUCUCCUCCCCAAUCUACAUCGACCUCCGCCUCAUCGUCUCCUACCCUUCCCUCCUCCGCCAAAUCUCCCAAACCCUAAUCUCCGCCGUCCCCUCCUCCACCCCCUACGACCUCCUCUGCGGCGUCCCCUACACCGCCCUCCCCAUCGCCACCUGCAUCAGCACCUCCCGCGACGUCCCCAUGCUCAUGCGCCGCAAGGAGGUCAAGGACUACGGCACCGCCAAGGCCAUCGAGGGCGACUUCACCCCCGGCCAGGUCUGCCUCAUCAUCGAGGACCUCGUCACCAGCGGCGCCUCAGUUCUCGAGACCGCCGCGCCGCUCCGGGCCGCCGGGUUGAAGGUCUGCGACGCCGUCGUUUUGAUCGACCGGGAGCAGGGAGGGAGGGAGAAUCUGGAGGAGAACGGCAUCAGGCUGCACGCGCUGUUCCGGCUGAGCGAGAUGGUUAGGGUUUUGAAGGAGAAGGGGAAGGUGGCGGAGGAGACGGUGGCGGCUGUGAUGAGGUUUCUGGAGGAGAAUCGGAGAGUGGCGGUGCCGAAGGUGGAGAAGGAGAAGGUUAGGGUUAAGGGGUUAGGGUUUGAGGAGAGGGCUAAGCUGAGCAAGAAUCCGACGGGGAAGAAGCUUUUUGAGGUCAUGGAGAAGAAGAAGACCAAUCUCUGCUUGGCUGCUGAUGUUGCUACGGCCAAGGAGUUGCUUGACAUUGCUGAAAAGGUUGGGCCUGAGAUAUGCUUAUUGAAAACUCAUGUUGACAUACUGCCUGAUUUUACUCCAGAUUUUGGCUCUAAACUUCGGUCGAUUGCAGAAAGACAUAAUUUCUUGAUAUUUGAAGACCGUAAGUUUGCAGACAUUGGUAACACAGUAACAAUGCAAUAUGAAGGAGGUAUAUUCCAUAUAUUGGACUGGGCUGAUAUAGUAAAUGCUCACAUAAUCUCUGGUCCAGGGAUUGUUGAUGGACUGAAGUUGAAGGGUUUGCCUCGUGGUAGAGGCCUGUUGCUGCUUGCCGAAAUGAGCUCAGCUGGUAACCUUGCCAAGGGAGACUACACAGCUGCAGCAGUGAAGAUUGCUGAAGACCAUUCCGACUUUGUCAUUGGCUUUAUUUCGGUUAAUCCAGCAUCAUGGCCAGGCGCACCAGUAAAUCCAGCUUUCAUCCAGGCAACCCCUGGAGUGCAAAUGGUGACCGGUGGUGAUGCUCUUGGACAGCAAUAUAACACUCCAAAAUCUGUCAUCUAUGAUAGAGGUAGUGACAUCAUAAUUGUUGGCCGUGGAAUUAUAAAGGCUGCAAACCCAGCAGAGGCAGCUCAUGAAUACCGUCUUCAAGGAUGGAAUGCAUAUCUAGCUAAAUGCAGCAGCAACUAAGGUUAUCGCUCCUAGCAGAGGCUUGCUCUCAUGUUUUUUGAUUUGCUCAUCAAGAGAUGAGUUAAUUAUGUUCAACGUCAAUGUGUGAUUUCAUGAAACCAGAGGACCUAAGGUUUCUAGUAUCGAUUUUGGAAAUUGUGAAGUUAUAUAUGAGAGCUAUAUUUGGUGGCCUUAUAAUAUAAAAUUGAAUAGCA